UUCAGCCAUAAAACAGCCGUCGACCGCUAAACCAAAAUGGCGACGUUCAGCGGCUUUAUCCUCGCAGUUGGGUUUUUGGGACUUGCACAUGCCGGUUAUUCCGCUGCCCAGCACAGAACGUAUUUGCGGUUAACAGAGCAGGAGUUCACCAGAUUACCCAUUGAUAUAGUUUGCCAGGGUCUGGUUAGUCUUCUGAUCACCAUAUACGGCGUGUUGAACAUAGCCGGGCAGUUCCGUGGAAUCAAAGCAAUGGCUGACAUGGAAAAGAAAUCUUUUGACACCGUGGGCAACAGACCAUCCUUCUUCAUGUUCCGGCACCGCGGCCAGGCCAUGUUUGGCCUGAACCCAACCGGCAACAAAAACGUGGAAACGUUAGAGCCAGCCACGUGAUGGACAAAGAAGGAUAACGAGCUGGUUUGUCAAGAAUACUUCAUACAUCAUGGCCCCCAAACAAAACUGUGCAGACUCACAUUGGCUGAAUAGGAAAGCCGUUUAGUAGGAAUUGAUUAAUUUAUUUAUUGAAUUUGCAUUUCAGAUUUGAUUAAGCAAUACUUGCUGUAGAAAACAAGGUGGGGGCAGACGGCUAUUGCUAUAAAACAAUCCCGAGAAUUUUUGUAAAAAAAUUGUUGUCAAAUACAUGUAUAGUCUAUGAAUAAUCUUUAAAUACAUGUAUUUGGAGGUGGAAAGCAGUGCAGUAAAAGAAAGAGAAAACACCAACCACUUGUUAGCAAUUUAUGAUUUGCUGAAAUCGUUUCUAUAAUCACUUCUUACUGCUAGUGGCAGUUGCCAAUAAAAACAAGAAGCCUUUUUGAAUAUAUAUAAAUUCCUUUGUUAUUGCUUUGUAAUCGAAGAUUUUAAUAUUGUAUUGAUGUCUCAGUUUUUUGUAUGUUUCUGAUAAUGAAGAGUCUGGCAGCGUUAUCAAAACGAACAGUCUCUCAAAAUCAAGAACAACCUUCUUUAGUUCACAAACCAAACUUGCAACACCUUUUCUUUGAAAUUCUUUAAAAAACAAAAAACGAAUUACAUUUACGUCAGUGCCCUGAAGAAAUUUCCCAGAAUUGUAGAUGCACAUGCGGCGACAAGUUAAAAGCAGUCACAGCCAAGAAUUCACCUGCACAUUUCUUUGAUUGUAACAAGUACAGCUAACCCUGCACAGAUGGAUAUGUUGAUGAAUUUAUUCCACGGAAUUGAAUCAAUACACCAAUGAAUAUUUAAGAACCUUGUCUCCAAUUACGUAAAGUGCAAGCGAACGGAACCUUUAUUGUUGAUGGGAAUUUUUUGAGUUUUGAGGUGUCAUCUCAUCUGAAAUUGGAUGGAACAAAAUUGAUGGAAUAAAUCUGCCCAGAAGGCAGUCCAAGUUGCAUGUCAAAUCGCUAUACGAAAGUUACAAAUUGUUAAAGUCAAUUUUGCUUUCAGGGAAAAGGUGUUCUUUCAAAUUGCAUUUUGUAAAAAUGACACGACACCCCUCGCCCCCUGGCAAACCAGCCCCUCCCCAAGCCCCCCCCCCCCCCCCCGUAGCCUUGAAAACAAAGAGCAUCUCUUGCAUUCAAAUGUCAAGGGGCUUGAGCACAGAAUAGUUGUACAGUAGUUUUGUUGUGAAAUUUGAGACACUGAAUUCAGUAUUUGAAUAAAAAUUGAAAAAAGUCGAAA